AUGUUUGAAUUGCCUAAUAAUUUUUCAGGGAGUCGCGUCCCAGGUACCACGACAUCUGAGCCGAGAUGGAGGCAUGCCUUCAAUUUGGACGAUUUGCCGUGGCUGGGAGAUUUCCGUGUACAGAAUAAAAGUGUUAUCCCCACAUCUCUGUUCCUGGUGAUUAUUGUUGCGGCAGCGGUGGAUAUCAGCAAUGGCAAACAAGUGAAUAGCAUUGAGAUCUCCGACGUUGCCAUUGGAAGUUCCAUUAUACAGGGGCCAGCUCCAGUGAGGAUUGAGACCUCAUUCUCUAUAACCAGCCUCAAUAACUCUCUUGAUGAUGGGGUUGACUCUAUCCAAGCUGAGUUCAGUCUCAACGAGAGCCCAGCGCAAGAUAGAAACACGCCCUCUGCAGCUAAGGGAAAGUUACGCAUUAGUUUUGCACACUAUGAGCCACCCAAAACUUCAUCGUCAUUCUGCUUCAAAGAGCCCAAUACGUGUGGAUUAAUUCCUGUUAAUAUCGACCAAUUCUACAAUUCACUGAGUGAAAUCGGGCUCAGUUAUAUUGGACGUCUCAGAUGUUUGACUUCUGCGGAGAGGCGUAUGGACUUUGCACGUGCGGUGCUGGUGCCCACGGCUGAUGAAUUACCAGGGUUGACUCUGCUUCAUCCAACCAGCCUAGAGGUCUGCCUCCAGACACUCUUGCUUGCUUUCGCCGCCCCUCGGGAUGCUUCAUUGUGGACGGCCUUCACACCUACACAUAUCACUCGAUUAACAUUUUUUCCGAAUUUAUCUGUCGGCUUCAAUGCAUCAGCCUCAGUAACAAUCGACACAUAUCUACAGAAAUAUACCCCAGGGUACGAAGCGGUGCUACCCAGGAUAAGCGGAGACUCAAGUGUCUACUGUUCAGAGACUGGCCGGUUGCAGAUGCGCAUUGAAGGUCUCACGAUGAGCCCCGUGACUCCCUCUACCAAGGAGCAGGACAAACUGCUGUACUUAAAAACCACAUGGCAACAAGACAUUCUAUCAGGGGUAAGGCUCGAGCAAGAUAAUUGUACGUCUAAUUAUGAGGGCUCGGGCCUUUCGCAGGUCCAAAGAUACAUACUGGCGGCAACCCGGCAAAUUUCGCAUCGAUACGCAAAGUCAAAAAUUCUCCAAGUUGGAAUCUCCUCGAUUGACUUGGUAGAGGGUAUAUGUCAAUGCUUGGGACAAUGCCUAGAUUCAUAUACGAUUGUUGAUGCCUCAUACCAGGCUAUAGUGGAUAUGAAGCGGGAGAUGCUAUCGGACCACCCGGCUAUCAAGUUCGGGGUUCUGGAUAUAUCGAGGGGCGACGAAGUGUUGGACGAAGCAAAAGUCCCCGGGUCGGCUGACUUAGGUACUUUUGACUUAGUAAUUCUUCAGGGCUUUUGCAGAGAGAAUCGUGGUACAUUUGAAUAUAUCAGAACUAUGUUGAAGCUAGGAGGGUUUCUUCUGAUGACGAUGUCGCCGACAGAUGCCUUUUCACUGAAGGCAACAGACACUUCCUUCGGGGAAUCCCACGAAAAAUUGCAGGAUGUUGGCUUUUCGGUGAUCGGUUCCUCUGAAAAAGACACAGAAGGCUCCUUUGUCAUCCUGUCCCAAUCAGUUGACGAUCAAAUUGCCUUCCUCGCAGCUCCUCUGGACACUCAAUUACCCUUCGCCACAAAGGGGACACUCCUUGUAAUAGGUGGCUACUUGACGAAGAUACAAGGUUACCUCGAGAUCAUCCAAAGCAGGUUGAAAUGUAUCUGGGAAGGAGAGAUCGUCGCCAUCAGGUCACUGGCCGACUUGAACAGUAUAAACAUAAAUGAAGUGGCAGCUGUUCUUACUUUGACUGAGCUGGAUCAGUCGGUAUUAAAAGACCUCAGCCCGGAUACUUUCAAAGGUCUACACCACCUGUUGGAUAAGUCCAAGGUAGUGCUGUGGGUUACUCAUGGGGCUCGAAAUCAGAACCCACACCAAACUGGCACCAUUGGGCUGGUGCGAGCCGUCCAAGCUGAAAGCCCCGAGAAGGUUCUGCAGAUCCUAGAUCUGGACGAAAUCGAUGGCACUGAGUCUAUUGUGGCAGAGAGUUUCCUUCGGCUCAUCGGAGGUGUGUUGAUGCGAGACAAUGGCUCAAAUAGGUUGUGGACAGUCGAACCAGAGCUAUCUUUUCAAGGAAGGGGUUUCUUCAUACCGAGGGUGCUUUUUGACAAGAAGCGCAACGACCGUCUCAACUCUUUCAGACGGAGAAUCGAGGCUAGAGACAUUGAUAAAGCUGAUUCUGGUUCUAUCAUCCACCCCAUCGAUCCUUCGGGUCUUUUCUCGCCAAGUAAGACCUAUGUUCUUGUUGGCCUUAGCGGGCAUAUUGGCCAAUCUAUCACCAGAUGGAUGGUACAGAAUGGCGCUCGCCACGUUGCAAUCACAAGUCGGAAUCCUGACCAAAACCAACUCUGGAAAGACGAAUUGAAAAGGCUGGGCGCCAAUAUUGUGAUUAAGGCAGCAGACGUUACAAAGAAGCAAGACAUGACCAACCUCCGCGAUUAUAUUCUGAGCAAUAUGCCCCCGAUCGGUGGCGUGGCGAAUGGGGCAAUGGUUCAGUCAAACUGUUCCUUCUCCGAUCUGACGUAUGACACACUGCAGAUAGUAAUGAAACCCAAAGUGGAGGGGUCUUUGAUUCUGGAUGAAGUCUUCCCUGAUGAUAACCUGGAGUUCUUCAUAUUGUUCUCAUCCAUCUCAGCUGUGGUUGGCCAGCAGUUCCAAUCAAACUAUGAUGCUGCCAACAAUUUUAUGAACGGAUUGGCGUUACAGAGACGCGCCCGAAAACUCCCUGCAACAGUUGUUAAUCUUGGUCCGAUCAUAGGGCUGGGAUUCAUCCAAAAUAUUGAUACCAGCGGAGGGUCAGAGGCUGUGAUCUCGACAUUGAAAGGUCUGGAUUAUAUGAUUGUCUCUGAGCGAGAUCUUCAUCAUGUAUUGGCCGAAGCAAUCCUCCUCGGGAAGAGCGAUGAGACCCCAGAAAUAAUCACCGGGCUAGAAACAGUCUCUGAUAACUCGCCGCCAUUCUGGCACAAGAGCUUGCUCUUUUCACAUAUCAUAUAG